AUGGAAUUCCUCUUUUCUGAACAGCCUACAGCUGUGGGGGCCAUAGGAGAUGUGGAUGCUGGGCAGUAUGGCCUGCAGCAGCAACUUGCAGCCCAACAGCUUGGAGGACUUGGCCAGAGUUUUGCAGCAGGGGGUUUACUGGGAUUCAAUGAGCAGCAGCCUUUUUAUGGGGCUUUUGUAUCUCCUUUCAUGGGGCAGCCAUUUGUGUUUCGGAAUACUGCUGGUGCUGACACUAGUCAAGACCAGGCAAGUCAGCUAUUGAGCCCUUUUGAAAGAUCCCUGGUGAUGAUUACUGAUGAGCAGCCGGAUGCAGUCACAGAUGACAAGAUCGAGUCCAGAAACAAGCGCUCUUUGACAGUUCGCAUAGAGCCCAAUGACCAGCCACAAAUCAAAUUCACCGGAGGCGGGGGCAUGAUCUUACCCAAGAGCCCGAAAGUUCGUGAUUUCCUGAUCCGGCUCUACUUCUUGGCUCAAUCUCUAGCCUGGUCUGAGUCCAGUCAGACUGUUGAGGCGAUAGCGGUUAUAAUUGGGGUCAUCGAAGCCAUACCGACUGUCAUAGCGGUUGUAGUCAUAGUUGUAGUCAUCCUGGUGUGGGAUCCCAAAGGCGUGAAGGAUCCUGUGGACCACACUGCCCUGGUAGCCACCAUAGUGACCUCGGUAGUCGCCGGUGUAGCGGCCAUAGGGGGCAUUGACGAUCCUUACCGUUGGUUGGAAGACCCAGAUUCUGAGGAAACCCAGAAGUUUGUUGAUGCUCAGAAUGCCAUCAGCUUGCCAUAUAUUCACGCUUGUCCAAUUCGAGAUGAUUUGCUGAAAAAAACCACAGAUUUGUGGAAUUUUCCCCGGUUCGGUGUGCCACGUAGAGAAGGAAAUCGCUAUUUUUACUUGCACAACUCUGGUAUUCAAAAUCAAGAGCAGUCAGUGGUUUUGAGCAAGGCAGUCUUAUAG